AUGGACUUACAGGCAGACUGGCGACGCUCCUUCCUAACCACCGAUGUCAAUCCCUACUAUGAUUCCUUCGUCCGUUGGCAAUUUCUUCAUCUUAAACAGUCCGGCCUAGGCGUUGUUCCGAUGGAGUAUACGCUUAUUAAACUUCAGAUUGUCUCAAAGCUGCCUAAAAAGCUCGAAAUGAUUGAUCCAGCGAAGGAACCGGUGUUUCUACUAGCUGCUACUCUCCGACCCGAGACUAUGUACGGCCAGACCAAUUGUUGGCUUCAUCCCACUAUCGAGUACGUCGCUAUACGCUCCAAGCGGUAUUCCAGCAUCUUCCUGGUCACUCGUCGCGCUGCCUUAAACAUGGCUUAUCAGGACCUGCUGGACCCCGCACGUCCAGGUCAUCUGGACAUCGUGGCUACCUUGACAGGCGAAGAGCUUUUCGGUUUACGAUUGAAGGGCCCGUUGUCCGUGUACAAAGAGGGCAUUUAUACGCUGCCGAUGCUGUCAGUCAGCGCUGCCAAGGGAACCGGUGUGGUAACAAGCGUGCCCAGCGAUGCUCCUGAUGAUUUUGCCUCCCUUCGUGACCUCAAAAACAAGCAGGCUUUUCGGGAGAAAUAUGGCAUCAGCGACGAAAUGGUCCUUCCUUUCGAACCGGUUGAGAUAAUUGAAACGCCAGGCCUUGGUCGUCUGCCAGCUCCUACAGUGAUUGAGCAAAUGAAAAUACAAAGUCAAAACGACCGUGAAAAGCUCCAAGAGGCGAAAGAAAAGGUCUACCGUCUUGGCUUUUAUGACGGGGUCUUGUUGGUAGGCAAGCACAAGGGUGAGAAGGUGCAGAAUGCGAAAAAGCUCAUUCAGAAGGAGCUAAUCGAUUCCAAUGAGGCCAUGAUCUACCAGGAACCGGAGAAGCCUGUUGUUACGCGUAGUGGAGAUGACGCGGUAGUUUGCCUAUGUAAUCAGUGGUACUUGGAUUACGGCGAUGAAGCUUGGAAGGCUGCGGCUCGUGUGGCACUCGCGAAACUAAACAUUCAUGACGAGGCGCGCAACAAUAUGGAUGCUACUCUGGAUUGGCUUCGCGAGCAUGCCUGUUCGCGUACAUAUGGACUGGGAACACGCAUGCCCUGGGACGACAAAUGGCUC